AUGGCACAAGUAACGGAAUCUCCAGCAAUGGCAACUGCAAAUACAGCAUUAGCCGUCAAUAAUUUAACAAAUACAAACACCGGAUCUGGCAUGAAUAUGAAUAGACUGAUCAAUGGUAACCCAAGUAAUAACAAUACUGGCAAUGGUACCGGGAAUAACACAGCUGUUAGUAACUUACCAGUUAUGUCUGGUAUUAACGGUGCCGCAAAUCCGAUAAAUGGUGGCAAUAAUGGUAAUUUGAAUACUAAUACUUCAAACUCCACCAGUAGCACGUCACGUGACGACUCUACAAUCGUGGGGCUUCAUUAUAAAAUCGGUAAGAAAAUUGGCGAAGGGUCCUUUGGUGUCUUAUUUGAAGGUACUAAUAUGAUCAAUGGGCUACCUGUUGCGAUUAAAUUUGAACCAAGAAAAACUGAAGCUCCCCAAUUGAAGGAUGAAUACAGGACAUAUAAAAUUUUAGGUGGCACACCUGGUGUUCCACAAGCCUAUUAUUUUGGUCAAGAGGGCCUACACAACAUUUUGGUCAUUGAUUUAUUAGGCCCAUCACUGGAAGAUUUAUUCGAUUGGUGUGGUCGUAGAUUUUCAGUUAAAACGGUUGUUCAAGUCGCCGUUCAAAUGAUCACGCUCAUUGAAGAUCUGCAUACACAUGACUUAAUUUAUCGCGAUAUUAAACCUGAUAAUUUUUUAAUUGGUAGACCAGGUGAACCAGAUGAAAAUAAAGUUCACUUGAUCGAUUUUGGUAUGGCAAAACAAUAUCGUGAUCCAAAGACGAAACAGCACAUACCAUAUAGAGAGAAAAAAUCUUUAAGUGGUACAGCAAGAUAUAUGUCGAUUAAUACCCAUCUUGGGAGAGAACAAUCAAGAAGAGAUGAUAUGGAAGCGAUGGGCCAUGUUUUUUUUUAUUUUUUAAGAGGUCAGCUACCAUGGCAAGGUUUGAAGGCUCCUAAUAAUAAACAAAAAUAUGAGAAAAUUGGUGAAAAGAAGAGAUCGACGAAUGUUUAUGAUCUUUCCCAGGGCUUGCCAAUUCAAUUCGGUCGUUAUUUGGAAAUCGUUAGAAAUUUAUCCUUCGAAGAAACACCAGAUUACGAGGGGUAUCGUAGAUUAUUGUUAUCUGUUUUGGACGAUCUUGGCCAAACAGCAGAUGGUGAAUACGAUUGGAUGGAGUUAAAUGGUGGUCGUGGUUGGGAUUUAGCGAUUAAUAAAAAACCCAAUUUACAUGGUUAUGGACAUCCAAAUCCUCCCAAUGAUAAAUCAAGAAGACAUAGAAACAAACUAGCUGCGGGCGGUGGGCAUCAUCAACUAAGUCAGCAACAACACCAAAUGACCCAACAACAGCUAACGCAACAGCAAUUGCAACAGCAACAGCAACAGCAGGCCCACGCCCAAGCCCAAGCCCAAGCCCAGGCACAAGCUCAUGCUCAAGCCCAAGCUCACGCUCAGCAACAGGAUCAUCUGCGCAACCAAACUUCAAAUGGCAUUCAACCGAACAAAUUAGAUCCUACCUCAUAUGAAGCAUACCAGCAGCAAACUCAACAAAAAUAUGCCCAGCAACAUCAGAAAGGUCCGCAACAAGGGCUUAAUCCAUAUCAAAACAAUCGUGGACCAAACGGAUUUCGUUCUACAAAUUCCCCACAACAAGGCACGAAUAAAUAUCAAUAUCAGGAGCAACCAAAUGCUUCUCCUAAUCAAAACAACGCCCAAAAUCAAAAGAAUACGGCUGCUGGGUCAAUUGAAACACACAAAGGAUUCUUCAGUAAACUAGGAUGUUGUUAA